CACAGGGGAGAGAGAAAGAGGGCCACUCGAGGUAGAAAAGGCAGGUACAGUCACAUCCUGCUGGCAUGCACAAAGAUAAAGAAGUGGGAGGUGGCUCUGUUUGUCUAUGCUUGUCUAUUUAAGGGUGAAAGCCUUUGGAGAAACUUGAUGAUACAGUAGGCGUUAUUACAUUUGUUGAAGGUCAGUCUGUUUGCUUGGCUGGAUUGCAACAGUUGCAUGAGUAUGUGUCUGAGUGCAUGCAUGCCAGUGUGUGUGUGUGUGUGUGUGUGUGUGUGAGAUUUCAUAGUGGAUGAAUGUGUCAUGUUUUUUUUACUGCACUUUGCCCGAGAUUAACUGUUCACCUUUUACGGUCGGGAGGGAGGUGGUAUUUUCAUUCGACCAAAGAGGGGAGGGAGGAGGGGUCGACGGACGAGAGAGUUGGGAAGGGAGGUGCAGGAGGAAAAGGAGUGGCCUUCUGCAGAUAGUCGCCCUCUCUGCCGGAGUAAAGUCUUCUCACUGUGGCAGCACACAGGAGGGAAAACAAAAGUUUAGAGACACAGAACAGGGAGAAGGAGAGAGAGAGAGGAAAAGAGGGAGAGAGAGACAUCUUCAAACCACACUUUCUCCCAGACUGUGUGUGGGUUGAAUACAGUCAUGGCAUCAGCAGCUCCACCAAAGAGGAUGGUGUCCUCCGUCUUUAUCACUCUGGCAUCCCCCUACCGAGCCACGGUGACACAGCAGCAGCAGCCCACCCUCCAAGCCCACAGUUCCCCGGCUAGAGACAAACAGCACACAGCUGUGCGAGUUAGCCCAAGUGAAAGUGUCCCCGUCUUGAGACACAGGAAAGAAGACGUCCUCUCUUCAGCUGAGUCUCACAGCAGCAAAGACAGGGGUCAUGCAGGAGCCUUGACCCACGUUUCAGGCCCUCAGAGUCCCAAACCUGCACAGACUGGACCCAGGGCAAAGAAAGAAGACCACAGAGGUGCUGCAGAGUGCCUUCCUCCUCCUCCUCAUCCUCCCCCUCCAGCUGCCGCGCGGCCUUCCCCUCAGAGAGCAGCGCUCCCUGAGGAUUCAGCACUUCCACCACCACCUGCCCAGACGCCUCUCUCACACCCUCUGACCCCAGGCCAGCAGCCGCUUUACAACAAAGAGGUGGAAACAAGAACACCAUCUAGUGGGUUAAACCGAGGUGAACAAUCCCAUAACAAUGGCCAGGACGCAUGUGAGGAGAGUAAAGAGGUGUGUGGCUUCUGUCGGAAACCCGUGGCUCUUUCUGAACCUGCGAUCGAGGCCUUGAACAGGACUUACCAUGACGCCUGCUUCCAGUGUAGAUCCUGUCACCUUCCCCUGGCUGGUAAACAGUACUACAACAAGUCAGGAAUCCCGCUCUGUGAAGACUGCUACCAGGCCAGUCUGGAGCUUUGUUGGUCAUGCGGCGAGGUCAUCACAGACCAUGUGAUCCGCGCCCUUGAGCGAGCGUACCAUCCUUCUUGUUUCACCUGCACAACAUGUAAACAGAAGAUUGGAGAGCAGGCGUUCGCUCAGGGAGAAGUUGGAGAAGUGUAUUGCCUCCAGGACUACUACAGGAAAUAUGCUCCAAAGUGUUGCUCCUGUAGCCACCUAAUUAUUCCAAAAGAGGAUGGUACUGACAGCUUCACUGUUGAAUGUCUGGGACGCUCCUACCAUGAGAACUGCUACAGAUGUGAGGUCUGUGUCAUUCAACUCUCUCCUGAACCAAACGAGCACGGCUGCUAUCCUCUGGACGGGAGGAUGCUCUGCAAAUCCUGCCACAUGAACCUGGUACCUGCUCAGCACUAACGCCACAAGCUGCAGCUGAUGGAAAAAGGGCCACGAGUCCAGGCAUGGGCAUUUAAGACUCUGGCAUGUGAAUGUCACACUAACGUUAUUGUUUUGUUUUACAAUAAUGAAAUCUGGUUAUCAUUUUUAUAACAUAUCAUACUUUCUGAAGACCAUCGUAUUCCUCUUUUAUACUUGAUAAUUUUGCACUCAAUAAACUCUACAAAAUGCACCAAAUAUAUUUAUGCAACAGACUUAACGCAAUAAUUAUUUGAAUAUUUCAAAGUCUUAAUUCGUAUACUGUUUCUCUAUCACAUUAAUCCUUUAUAAUAAACAAAAAACUUUAUAUUAAAAAAAAAAACCAAAAAUAUAUAUAAAAGUAAAAUAAUAUAUUUUAUCUGAAACCAGGCUUCAACAUGCAUUAGAUUUGUUAAGUCACACAUACGCUAUCGAUAAGUACCAAGAUCAGAAACAUUACAAUUUAAUUCACAAUUGCGUAGUAAUACAAACCACAGUGAAAUUCAAUCUUUUUGUAAAAUGCAAAAACCAGGUUGACAUGUUCACUACAUUCACAAAAGGAAAGUUUUUUCCUUAUGAGAGCAGUGAAGACCUCUGUGCUGGAAGAUGCAGAAACUUCAACCGAGGUAAUUGAAUAAAUUGCAUUAGAUACAUUUACAAAACUGAAUAUAGACAUUUUAAUGUGAAAUUUUGUUUCUUUAAAACACAAUAAGUGAUUCUUAACCACUCAUUAUGGACCUGUACUUUUGAAUGUGAUCACAUCCAUUUGUUGAACACACAAAGAUCCUGUCUCAACCACAGAGCCUGUAUUUUGUUUUAGCAGCAGUGAACUGAUCACAUCUGGACUUUACAGUUUUAAAGUGUCAUUUGGAUCCCAGCUGAAUUACUUGGUUAUUUAUGUUCUGUAUGUCAAAUGAAUUAUUUGUUGAAUUAUAUGUCUGUUUAUUAAAAGCAUUAAUUAAAACUUUUUGUACUGAAAA